UCACCACAUCAAAAAGAUCCAAAAGAAGAAAAAAGCAAAAAUGAAUAGAAACUCUUCUCUUCUCUUUCUUUCUGUUGUUAUGGGAUCCCAAUGUAAUUCAUACUAACUUUCAUCACACCCCUCUUCAUUUGUUGAGCCCACCCCACCAUAAGUACUUAUUGUAAAUUUAUAAUCACAUAAGAGAGAAAAAACAAAGUACAAAAAAUGGAAGUGGCUAGUAGGAGAAAGGGCAAAAUUUCAAGAAAUGGUGUUGUUGUGGCAGGUUCUAUAUGGGAGAAUAGAAUGAGAUUUGAUGAAUUCAAAGGUGGAAUCAAUGUAUAUAGUGAAAAAGAAGAAACCCCAAAAGUUGAAAAUGAUGAGAAAACAAAUCAAGUUGAAGAAGACAAAAAGAUGGAAAUGGGGUCAAAAACUAAUCUUGGUGUUGGUAGUUUUGUUAUGAGUGGCAAGAGAAAAACUUGUAAAUCUAAGAGUAAUUUUGAAGGGACCCCAAUUCAGCUUUCUACAAAAAGAUCUGAACUUUGUAAAGAACUGAGUGUUAGUGCAAUGAAGAACAGUCCAAUUCAGAGCAAGAAAAAGGAAGGAAAUGAGAAAAUGUCAGAGUUAAGGAAGGUAAAAAAUAGGAAAGCAAAAUCAGAGAAAUGUAAAGAACUUGAUGGGAAUUCCAAGAACUCAAAUGUAAUUGAGGAAAAUAAGGUUGUUGUUGAUGAGUCAAAGAAGAAUCUUGAAAGGGUAUUUGGUGAGUCAAGUGAUAGAAAUGAGGAAAAUAAGGUUGUUGAUGUUGUUGAUGAGUCAAAAAAGAAUCUUGAAAUGGUAUUUAGUGAAUCAAGUGAUGGAAAUGAGGAAAAUAAGGUUGUUGAUGAAUUAAAAAAGAAUCUUGAAAGGGAAUUUGGUGAAUCAAGUGAUAGAAAUGAGGAAAAUAAGGUGGUUGAUGUUCUUGAUGAGUCAAAAAAGAAUCUUGAAAGGGUAUUUGGUGAAUCAAGUGAUGGAAAUGAGGAAAAUAAGGUUGUUGAUGUUCUUGAUGAAUCAAAAAAGAAUCUUGAAAGGGUAUUUGAGGAAUCAACUGAUGGAAAUGAGGAAAAUAAGGUUGUUGAUGUCCUUGAUGAAUCAAAAAAGAAUCUUAAAAGGGUAUUUAGUGAAUCAAGUGAUGGAAAUGAGGAAAAUAAGGUUGUUGAUGUUCUUGAUGAGUCAAAAAAGAAUCUUGAAAGGGAAUGUGGUGAAUCAAGUGAUGAAAAUGAGGAAAAUAAGGUUGUUGUUGAUGUUCUUGAUGAGUCAAAAAAGAAUCUUGAUGGAAAUGAGGGGAAUCAAAUUCAGCUGAGGAAAGUGAAAUCAGAGGCAAAUAAGGCAGAAAAUGUGGAUGGAAAAAAUGAGAAGAAUUGUGAUUUAAGGAAAGUGAAAUCUGUGUGUCUUAAUGGGAAUUUGAGGAACUCACUUCAAAUGGUGAAAACAAAAUCAGAUAAAUGUAAUAAGAGUUUUGAGGAAAAUAAGGUUGUUGUUGUUCUUGAUGAGUCAAAAAAGAAGAAUCUUGAAGGGUCAUUUGAAAGGAAAUCAAGAUUAGAGGAAAAUUGUGAAGAGAAAGUCAUAACAAGCAAUAAUGUGGAAAUUCAAGAAAGAUUGAAUCUUGAAAAUGAAGAUUUAAAGAUUUUGGAAGAAGAAAUUGAGAAGGAAAUCAAUUUAGCUGAAAAGAUUAAGACUAAAAAGAUUGUAAUUGUUGAAGAGAAAAAAGUUCAUAUUAAUAACAAUGAGAAAAGAGCAAUGCCUAUUUCUCCAAUUAUCAAGAAACAAUCACCUCCUCCAGUUUCAGGCCAAUCAAGAAUUCAUCAUCAUCCAAGUCCAUCAAGAACCAAACCAGUUCCACCAUCAGAUGAAUCUCAGAGAAACAUUCCAAGACAACAUAGCAAACUAGAAAGCUUGGUUGAUUUGGUUAUGUGGAGAGAUUCAUCAAAAUCAGCAUUAAUCUUUGGAAUUGGAACUUUUUUCAUCAUUUCCUCUUCAUAUACUCAAGAUCUCAAUAUCAGCUUCAUUUCUGUGAUUUCCUAUUUGGGUCUGGUCUACCUUGCUACAAUCUUUCUAUUUAGAUCCCUAAGGGGUGCAAAUGAUAUAUGUGAAUCAAGUGAAUAUGUAUUAGGGGAAGAAGAAGCAAUGUGGAUAUUGAAAUUAAUAUUGCCUUACAUAAAUGAAUUUCUCAUGAAAAUUAGAGCUCUUUUUUCUGGGGAUCCUGCUACAACAAUGAAGAUGGCAAUUCUGCUGUUUAUUUUGGCAAGAUGUGGCAGUUCCAUAACUAUUUGGAAGAUGUCAAAAUUGGGUUUUUUUGGAGUUUUCAUAAUACCAAAAGCCUGUUCUUCUUAUUCCACACAAUUAACUGCCUAUGGUACAUUUUGGAUUAGACGUUUUCGAGAUGCUUGGGAAACUUGUACUCACAAGAAAGCAGUUGCAUUUGCAAUAUUCACACUCAUAUGGAAUUUAUCUUCAAUUUCUGCUAGAAUUUGGGCAGUUUUUAUGUUGUAUGUGGGAUUUAGGUACUAUCAACAAAAAAUGAUGAAAGAAGGAUGGAUAGAUGAAGAAGAAAUUACAAAAUCUGAGGAUUAUUGGCAAGAAAAAAUUAGAGGACAGAGGAGAAUUGGGAGAAAAGCCACUUUAAUGGAAUCCAAAAAGCAAAAGAAAACAAUUUAAAAAAGAAAAAAAAGAGUUAAUUAAUAUUUUAGAGAUAUAAUUACAAUCUUCAUUUCUUAUUAUUGUAUAUAGUUGUUUGUCUUGGUAAAUAAAACUGUUGGAGUUUUAUAGCUUAUAUUGCCUAAUAAAAUCUUUUAUAAUUCA